UUGAAGAUUUCAAAAUGGUGAGAACAUUACAAUCAAAAGCGACUUUGCUGCAAUGGUUCGUGGUGAUGCUGUGUGUGAGCGUGAAAGCUACCACCGUAAACUUAUGCCCGGAGCACGAAUCAGUGGACAUCACCAACGGUACAAAGGACGAAGCUGGACGCAUUGAAAACGAUGGCGUGUGGUACAACUCUAAUCAGUAUUUUCAAGACGGAAAUGUACUCCGAGGAUGCGUAUGUCUUGUCCGUCAAUGCAUAUAUGUAUGCGAUUCAGAAGAAUGGGCAAAUGAUGAGUCAAAAAAGCUCUUUGCAAAUGUAUCCGAUGGUAAUGGUGAACACUAUCGUAGAGUAGACCUGGCUGCAGAUCGUCGCUACUACUUAAUUUUGGGAAAACGUAACUGUACCGAAGAAUGGUCGCUGAUUCCGCAUUAUGAUGUGAACAUAACAUCGAAAGGAGAACUUAAAGUGGAUACAUACUUUGGCGAACUCAUAAGUAAUUAUCAUCAAUUUUGUAUGUUACCGAAUAACAAUACGGACGAAUUUGACGGGUGUUACUUUCUACCCGAACCGAGCGAUUUGCCACACACAUUAUAUGCCUCCGGCUUCCUGGUGUCUUUACCUUUUCUUGUGGCCACAAUUGUGGUGUACGCCAUUCUACCGGAGCUACAUAACGUACCAGGCAUGUCACUGAUGUCCUACGUGGCAUCACUCGCAGUAUCCUAUCUACUGCUUGCCUUGAUGCGUAUUGAUGUCUACGGUCACCAAUCGAUUAUGUGCCGGGUCACCGCUUAUACAGUAUACUUUACGUUGAUGGCCAGCUUCUUUUGGCUCAAUGUCAUGUCCUUCGACAUCUACUGGACGUUCACUGGAGGUCGUGGAGGAACGACUGAGCGCCAAAAGUUCUUGUACUACUGUCUCUAUGCUUGGGGAUUUCCCCUGAUAUUUGUGUGUUUAGUUGUUCUUUUCGACCACACAACGCUUAUAAGCUAUGAGAAUCUAAGACCAAAUGUUGGUGAGGAGUCAUGUUUUCUUAAGGAUGACAAGCUGACUCAAUUUGUAUAUGUGUACUUGCCGCUAUUGCUGCUUAUCAGUGCAAACAUAUUCUUCUUCGCUACUACCGCCAUACGCAUUUAUCAAACAGAACAGGCAAACAUCACUAUAAUGAAAGGCAAUUCCAGACGCCACACGAAAGCGCAUAAUGAUCGCAACAGAUUCGGCCUUUACCUGCGAUUGUUUACCAUCAUGGGUGUAACAUGGUCGCUAGAAAUUAUUAGCUGGUUGGUGAAUGACUCGAAAGCAUCCUCCCCGUCAUGGCUGGAAUACGUACUGGACAUUUCCAACUGUCUUGUAGGCAUCGUAAUUUUCUUUAUGUUCGUCUGGAAGCAAAAAGUAAAGAAGCUAUUACUUGAGCGAUUUGGCAAAUCGAAAGGAUCUUCGGAUACAAUCUUCAACACGAACACAAUGCGUAGUACCUAUUCGACGGAUGCUAAAUCAAUGAAUUCCAUAUCUAAGAUCGAUCAAGCUUAAGAAUGUGAAUAAACGAGAACAUUAACUCUCGGAUUACUUACCAAAGGUCCAAAUGUUGGACCAUGACUGCGUUAAAAAAGGCUGCAAUUCGACGGCCCCAGCAUUUUUUUUAAUAGUUUAUAGAAUAUUUAGAAUCUCGUAUUUCGAACAUAUUUGUAUCACUUAUACAGAAGUAGGAUCCUUAAUAGAAAAUUGACAGUAUAAAUGGCUCGCUACAUUUUUAUGGUCAAUUUUACUUGCAUCCAUUU